UUUGAGAAUUGACAUAUGACAUCGAAGCCGAAUUGUAUCGUGACUUUCAAAAAUUGUAUUUUAAUUUUAUAUUGAAACAAAAUCAGUAUAACGAAACAAAAACAUGGCUGCUUCAGUAGUAGACACUUAUUCCGAUCCAAGCAUGAGUUGGAUGAAUGCGCCCCACAGCACCGGUACUUCGAUUAUGGCUUGCGAGUUCGAAGGCGGUGUGGUGAUCGGCGCUGAUUCUCGCACCACAACCGGCGCGUACAUCGCCAACAGAGUUACGGACAAGCUUACAAAGAUCACUGACCACAUAUAUUGUUGUCGCUCCGGAUCAGCUGCCGACACCCAGGCUAUUGCUGAUAUUGUCACUUAUCAUUUGAACUUCCACAAGAUGGAACUUGGUGAACCACCUCUAGUUCAAACAGCUGCAGCAAUCUUCCGGGAAUUGUGCUACAAUUAUCGUGAUUCUCUUGUUGCCGGUAUCUUAGUUGCAGGCUGGGAUAAGAAAAAAGGAGGACAAAUCUACUCGGUGCCAAUAGGAGGUAUGGUUCAACGUCAAGCUGUUUCUAUUGGUGGGUCCGGCUCCUCCUAUGUUUACGGUUAUGUUGACGCCAACUUCAAACCAAACAUGAGUAAGGAAGAAGCGAAGAAGUUUGUCACCAAUACUCUUACCUUGGCCAUGCUUAGAGAUGGUUCUUCAGGUGGUGUGGUUAGACUUGGCGUCAUAACGGAGACUGGUGUAGAAAGAUUGGUAAUCCUUGGUGACCAGUUGCCCAAGUUCUAUGAAGGUUGAAUGUUUUUCUAUAUUUAAGGUAUUAAUAAAUUUUGCAUAAAAGCUGUUGAA